AUGGUUGAGGAGGAAGCAUUGCUACAGUGCUUCUCGCAGCCUAUAUAUUUGGCGGAGCUACUACUCCAAAAGGCAAUCCGUGCUUUGGCUCAGCGGUCUCAUUUUCUGGACAGAAAAUUUCACCAUGAACUCUCCGUGAGAAAGACAGCGCAAUUUUGCGCAGGAAUGAUUUUGAGAACACUAAACGUAACAAAACUGAUGCAUAUUUCAUUCAAAUUCUUCAAUCUCUCUGGUUUUUAG